CUUAUUAAGCUGCAUUGCGCAUGCGUAGAGUGGAGGGUACAUGCAGCACAUCGUAUAUUCUUAGGUUCUGCCGCAUAGUCUUAUUGUUUACUUGUUAGAAUUACGUCUAAAUGUAAGUUGAAUUAUUUUAUCAUCAUCUUAGACAAGUGAGGAUUACUUUCCAGAGUAAAAAAACGCCUACGCUUUUUUUUAUUAACCUCCAAGGCCAUUAAUUGAACGUACGUAUAAAAAAUGUUCGAGAAGCUUUUGCUUAUAUAAGCUUUUUCUUCUAGAAUCAAUGCCUUAUUCAACACGUCGUCGACGAAGGCGCUCUUCUAGUGAAGACCGUUAUAUGAGGAAACGACGGCGAUACGAAGAUGAAGACAGAGAAAGGGAAAGGGAAAGAGAAAAAGAGAGGGAACGAGACAGAGAUAGACAUCGAGAUCAUCAAGGAAACACGGUCAUAGACGGCAUUGUCUUCAUCAUUAUAACUCAACAACCAGUGAGUCAAGUUAUAGGAAGGUCAGUAUUUAUUUUUCUUGUUUAUAGAAAUUCUCACUGCGUUACUCUUCGACAUAGUGAGGAUAAGAAAAGAGCCGCCAGUAUAGAGGACGACGAGGACGGACAUCUGAAAUAUAAUCCAGGAGAUAGCAUUCAAGCAAGAUGUACUGAUCACUUUCGUAAAAUCUCGCACGUACAGUAUGAGAAUGAUAUUGUUAAAACACUGGGAGAAGGAACAUUUGGAAAAGUUGCAGAGUGUAAAGAUAAAAAGAACCAGAAGCGUAUUGCUUUAAAGAUUAUUAAGAACGUUGAAAAGUAUAGGGAAGCUGCUCGUUUAGAGAUCAAUGUAUUAAGAUCUAUCAGUAAUUGGAGGGGUGAGGGAAAAGAGCUAUGUGUAACAAUGCUCGAUUGGUUUGAUUAUCACGGCCAUAUGUGUAUAGCUUUUCAAGUAUUAGGACUGAGUGUUUUCGACUUUUUGAAAGAAAACAGCUAUACACCUUACCCAAUUAGCCAAGUAGCACAUAUCAGUUAUCAAUUAAGCGAAGCAGUCGCCUUCUUACAUAGAAAUAAGUUGACGCAUACGGAUUUGAAACCUGAAAAUAUUCUCUUUGUUAAUAGUAGCUACGACUUAAUAUUCAACGAAAAAAAGAAUAAAACCUGGAAACGAGUUAAAGAUUCUACAAUUCGUCUUAUUGAUUUUGGAUCUGCAACUUUCAACGACGAACAUCAUAGCACUAUUGUAUCGACUAGACAUUACAGAGCUCCGGAAGUAAUAUUAGAAUUGGGUUGGGCUCAGCCAUGCGAUGUAUGGAGUAUUGGAUGUAUUAUGUUUGAGUUAUAUACAGGUUAUACACUCUUUCAAACGCAUGACAAUCGAGAGCAUUUGGCAAUGAUGGAACGAAUAUUAGGGUCUAUUCCAGUUAAAAUGAUCCGUAAAACAAAAAAAACCAGAUUUUUUGAAGGCGAUAAAUUAGUAUGGAAUGGAUCACAAUCCAGCGAAAGUUAUGUAAGAAAUAAUUGUAAGCCUAUUAAACGGCACAUGUCAGAGACUUCUCAAGAACAUCGACUUCUAUUUGAUAUCAUUGAAAAAAUGUUGAAAUUUGAACCCAAUCUUAGAAUAACACUACAAGUUGCUUUGGGUCAUUCUUUUUUCAACACAGUCGCUCCAAAAGAGAAAAACUGUGUUACUAGAAGUAGAUUACAGACAUCUCACAGUCUAAGUCGAUAA